AUGAUUAUACCUGACCGUUAUUGCGCAACCAAACCUGCGACUAACGAUGAAUUUUCGACUCCCAGCGGAGAUGACUUGAACCAACAAAGUUGUCUUCCUUUGAUGGCGAAAGACGAUGAUAAAAACCAGACUGUAUUGGAAAAUGAACGUUUGGAGAAUGAGUUGAGUCUGCUUCAAUCACAAUUGACAGACUCCUCAUCAAAGCUAAAAAUGUUUCAGAACGUACACGACGAGUUGGAAACUACAAAAAACGAACUCGAAGAAAAGAAACGUGAAAUUUCUGACAUAAAAGAGAUAAAUCUCCGCUUGACAAAUGACGAUUCGCAGUUCAGGCGAGAAAUAAAAGACAGGGAUAACCUUAUCGCAUCCAGUCAAGUGGAAUUGAAGAAAUUCCGUACUUCCUUUGAUGAACAAAAAUUGGACAAGGUGCACGACCAAUUGGCUACGAUCAACAAAUUAGCAGAAGAAUCGGCACAAUUAGCCGACGAACGACAAGUUGCAGUCGAUCUCCUUCAGUCGAAUAUAACUCAACUAAAAUCAGAGUUAACUGCAUUCGAGUCUCAAAUCGACGAGCUCAAGAAAGAAAAAUCCGUUCUGCUCUGCAAUGCCUCGACGUGGGAUGUCACCGAAAAACUUCUCAGAAACGAAAUCGUCCAUUUGAAAUCUACAAUAGGAACUCAGAAUGAGACCCUGUCAUCAACGAUGUCGGAGUUGGAGCGCAUCAAACAAGAUGACAGUUUUCUAAAAAUAAGCUUGGAAUCUGUCAAAGCUACGCUCACAGAAAAGGAGAGGGAAAAUAAAGAAUUAACGUCCCGUAAUUUGGACCUGGAAAGCGAUAAAUCUUUACUCGAGUUGAAUAAUGACAACCUAAAGAAGGAGACUGAAGAUUGCCGAGAAGAACUAGAGAGAUUAAAACAAGAGAAUCACAAACUUUUGGACACUCAAGAGGAAACUUUGUCUUCCGUGCAAAAAUCGACAAAGUUGGCCAAAGAGCAAGUGGAGGCGCUAUCGGGAGCUCUGGCUGCAAUGCAAGAAGCAACUAAACAUACCCAAAACGCAGCAAAAGCUACGAAAACCGAACGUGAAUCGUUGAACUCUGGGACGACCAAAACCAAAGGGGAAGACAAGGAAAAGGGAAAUUGGAUUAAAAAACUGAUUGCCAAGCGCAAGACCCGAGAGUAUGAAGAUGGAUACGCGAAUUUGAUGGAAACGACAGGGCUCCAAAUGGUAGAAAGGGCCAAAAUUUUGCAAGAUCAUGCGAACAACAUCAAAGCAGAAGGCAAAGCGCUGAAGAAGAAAGCUAAAACACUUCCAAAAUAA